CUUGCUUGUUUUCAAUAGAUCUCUUUUGCUUGCGGAACUUGAGAAGGAAGAGAAAGAAAAGGACUGGUAUUAUGCCCAGCUUCAGAACCUUACUAAAAGGAUUGAUAGUCUCCCCCUUACUGAAAAUUUCUCCUUGCAAACAGAUAUGACCAGAAGGCAGCUGGAGUAUGAGGCAAGGCAAAUCAGAGCUGCAAUGGAAGAACAAUUGGGUACUUGUCAGGAUAUGGAGAAGCGAGCACAGGUGAGGGUGGCAAGAAUUCAGCAGAUAGAGAAGGAUAUUCUUCGUAUACGACAGCUCCUGCAAUCACAAGCAGCAGAAGCAGAGAGAGCACCUCAAGGGAAGCAUGAUGCAGGUUCCCAUGAUACAGAGAGGCAGAGCGAAGGUCAAGGAGCACCAGAAAUCAGUAUGUCAACUAGCAAUACUGGUCAGGGUUCUGCUGCUCGAAUGGACCACGAGACAGCCAGUGUAAUGAGCUCUAGUAAUAACUACUCUGUACCUCGCAGACUGACAAGUCAUCUGGGUACCAAGGUGGAAAUGGUGUACUCAUUGUUAUCAAUGCUUGGUACUCAUGAUAAAGAUGACAUGUCAAGAACAUUGCUAGCAAUGUCUAGCUCUCAAGACAGCUGCAUAGCUAUGCGUCAGUCUGGAUGUCUUCCCCUUCUCAUUCAGCUUUUACAUGGCAACGAUAAAGACUCUGUCUUGUUAGGGAACUCUCGUGGUAGUAAGGAGGCCCGUGCCAGAGCCAGUGCAGCGCUACAUAACAUCAUUCACUCCCAGCCCGAUGAUAAGCGAGGCAGACGGGAAAUCCGCGUGCUCCAUCUUUUGGAGCAGAUCCGUGCUUACUGUGAAACAUGUUGGGAAUGGCAGGAAGCACAUGAACAAGGCAUGGACCAAGACAAAAACCCAAUGCCUGCACCAGUUGAUCAUCAGAUCUGUCCUGCAGUGUGUGUUUUAAUGAAACUUUCGUUUGAUGAAGAACACAGGCAUGCUAUGAAUGAGCUUGGAGGUUUGCAAGCCAUUGCUGAACUGCUGCAAGUGGACUGCGAAAUGUAUGGGCUUACAAAUGACCAUUAUAGUGUCACAUUGAGAAGGUAUGCUGGAAUGGCUCUGACAAACCUGACUUUUGGAGAUGUAGCAAACAAGGCUACAUUAUGUUCAAUGAAGGGCUGCAUGAGAGCUCUUGUAGCCCAACUGAAGUCUGAAAGUGAAGACUUACAGCAGGUCAUUGCAAGUGUGUUGAGGAACUUGUCCUGGCGUGCAGAUGUUAACAGUAAAAAGACACUACGAGAAGUUGGGAGUGUGAAAGCACUGAUGGAAUGUGCUUUAGAAGUUAAGAAGGUACUCAUGCCUAUGAGAUAAAUUUUUGAGGCAUUACAUUUA